GCCGUGUGAGAUUCUGUGAAGAUAUGAACCUGCCUUAUCCUGAAUCAGUCCAUCAAGGCUGUAGCUGAGAAUCCGGCAGGAUGCCCCCUGGCAUUUACUGCCCCCUUGAGUUUUGGUCCCAAGAAGCCAACCGGAGCAUCGACGUCGACUUCCUCCUGCCCACAGGCAUCUACCUGAGGCUCCCCGUCUCCUGCAAUGCGAGCCUGGGCGUUAUCAAGCAGGUCGUCUGGCACCAUGCCCAGUACGAGCCCCUCUUCCAGAUGCUCAGCGGCCCGGAGGCCUACGUCUUCACCUGCAUCAACCAGACGGCCGAGCAGCAGGAGCUGGAAGACGAGCAACGCCGCCUCUGCGACGUCCACCCCUUCUUGCCGGUCUUGCGGCUCGUGGCUCGCGAAGGGGACCGGGCCAAGAAGCUCAUCAACUCGCAGAUCAGCCUGCUGAUCGGCAAAGGUUUGCACGAAUUCGACUCCCUGUGUGACCCUGAAGUGAACAGUUUCCGUGCCCGAAUGCAACAGUUCUGUGAAGAGAGAGCAGCCCGGCGGCAGCAGCUGACUUGGAAGGCUUGGAUGGAGUAUUGCUUCCCGGUGCAACUGGAACCCGUGGCCAACGGCCUCCGGACCAGCCCCCACCGGGGUCCCAACAAGAACAUUUUCAUCAACGUCCGAUUCGAAUCUGGAGGGGAGAGCUUCACUUUUCAGAUCUCCCUGCAGGAGUUCCCCGUGACGCUCAUCAGCUACGCGAUCAAGAAGCAAGCCACUGUCUUCCGCCACCAAAGGGUGGAAAGCCCCGAGGAUUACACCCUGCAGGUGAACGGGAAAUGCGAAUACCUCUAUGGGCACUACCCCUUGUAUCAGUUCCAGUACAUCUGCGAGUGCCUGCACCGUGGGCUGCUGCCCCACCUCACCGUGGUACACUCGUCUUCCAUCCUGGCGCUGCGGGAGGAGCAAACCAACGGAAUCAUUCACCCCCCCAAAGCGGCCCCCAAGCCACCUCCGGUCCCCAAGAAAAAGCCGACUUCUACCUCCCUGUGGUUGCUGGAACAGCCCUACUCGAUUGAUUUGGUGCGAGGCUGCAAGGUGAACGCGGAUGAGCGGAUGAAGCUGGUGGUCCAGGCCGGCCUCUACCACGGCAACGAGAUGCUCUGCAAAAUGGUGUCCAGCUCCGAGGUCAACGUUUGCUCGGAACCGACGUGGGGUCAGAGGCUGGAGUUCGAGAUCAACGUCUGCGACCUUCCCCGCAUGGCGCGGCUCUGCCUGGCCCUCUACGCCGUGGUCGAGAAGGCCAAGAAGGCCAGGUCCACCAAGAAGAAGUCCAAGAAAGCCGACUGCCCAAUUGCCUGGGUGAACGUCAUGCUGUUUGACUACCGAGACCAGUUGAAAACUGGGGAGUGUUUCCUCCCGAUGUGGUCUUCCUUUCCAGAUGAGAAAGACGAGCUGUUGAACCCGAUGGGCACCGUCCAGACCAACCCCAACACGGAGAGCGCCGCCGCCCUGGUCAUCCGUUUCCCCACCGUGGCGUUCUCUCCAGUGUACUACCCGUGCCUCGAACAGGUGCUGGAGGAGGGGAGAAAAGUUCCGUGUCCCCGUUGCAUGGUGGAGGACCAAGAGGAGAAGCAACAGCUGAAGGAGAUCUUGGAGCGCAGGUCCCACACGGAACUUUAUGAGCACGAGAAGGACCUGGUGUGGAAGAUGAGGUACCAGAUCCGGGACCAGUACCCAGGGGCCUUGUCCAAGCUGCUGCUGGUGACCAAGUGGAACAAGCACGAAGAUGUCGCUCAGAUGAUCUACUUGCUCCAAACCUGGCCGGAGCUGCCCGUCCUCAAUGCCCUGGAGCUGUUGGAUUUCAGCUUCCCCGACCGCUACGUGGGCACCUUCACUGUCAACUCCCUGAAAAAACUGACGGAUGACGAGUUGUUCCAGUACCUGCUGCAGCUGGUCCAGGUGUUGAAGUACGAGUCUUAUUUGGAGUGCGAAUUAGCCAAGUUCCUGCUGGGCAGAGCCUUGUCCAAUCGCAAAAUAGGACACUUUCUCUUCUGGCAUCUCAGAUCAGAAAUGCACGUCCCUUCCGUCGCCUUGAGGUUUGGCCUGAUCCUGGAGGCUUACUGCCGGGGCAGCACCCACCACAUGAAGGCCCUGAUGAAGCAGGGCGAAGCUCUCCACAAGAUGAGGGCCUUGAACGACAUCAUCAAGACGAGUGCUCAGAAGAACCCCAAGCCCCAGACCAAAGAGUUCAUGCACACCUGUCUGCGGCAAGAGACGUACCUGGAGGCCCUUUCCAACCUCCAGUGCCCCCUGAAUCCCAGCACCCUCCUAGCAAAAGUCAGUGUGGACCUUUGCACUUUCAUGGAUUCCAAGAUGAAGCCCUUGUGGAUCGUCUUUAACAACGAAGAAAUAGGGGGCACCAACGUGGGAAUCAUUUUCAAAAACGGAGACGAUCUUCGCCAGGACAUGUUGACCCUGCAGAUGAUUCACCUGAUGGACAUUUUGUGGAAGAAAGAGGGCCUUGACUUGAGGAUGACCCCUUAUGGCUGCCUCUCCACGGGAGACAAGACGGGGCUGAUCGAAGUGAUCAUGCACUCAGACACGAUCGCCAACAUCCAGCUCAACAAGAGCAACAUGGCUGCCACUGCAGCCUUCAACAAGGACGCCUUGCUGAACUGGCUGAAAUCCAAGAAUCCCGGUUUCCGAGGUUACUGUGAGCGAGCGUACAUGAUCCUCCGCUGCCACGGCCUCCUCUUCCUGCACCUCUUUGCGCUGAUGAAGGCGGCCGGCCUGCCCGAACUCAGCUGCUCCAAAGACAUUCAGUACCUCAAGGACUCGCUGGCUUUAGGGAAAGCGGACGAAGAGGCCCGGAAGCAUUUCCACCUCAAGUUCAAUGAGGCCUUGCGGGAGAGCUGGAAGACCAAGGUCAACUGGCUGGCGCACAACGUCUCCAAGGACAACAGGCAGUAGGGCUGCGGCGGUGCGAGAAACCAGCUCAACUGACCCCUCUCUGCCGGUGUGAGGCGGCCCCUGAGAACUUGCCUCCUGGAGCGAGCACCACAGCUGGUCCCUGUGGUCCUGCGUCACCCAGCCGCCCGCGGUCAUCGUGGACUGGACAGUGUCUUGCGGACCGGACCAGGCGUGUGCGUCAUUUUGCAUUCCGUCA